UUUAUACGCAUAGACGUGGGGAGCUCAACCUCGUGUCGUGUCCUUAGUUCGCAUGAUGUUUAUCAAACACAACGUGAGGGCUACUAAUACACAAGCGCACACAUACACAAAAAAGUGAUCAUUAGCCCACCAUUUCUUUGAUUGAUGUUGUAAUUUUUCUUCUCCUGAUCAUUUGUUAUAUAUUUAACAUGUUGUAUGCUGCAAACGCAUUGACAAGGAUAUAGGCAUUAGGCUAUUGUUGAGUUUCUGAGUCGAGCAGAGGUCUAGGCCACCGCCAGAUCAGUCAUGAUGAGCAAGUUGAUCAAGUUUAAGCCAUGCGUCUUCCUAGCGCUUCUGCUUGGCAUGUUCCGGUACUUGACGGCAACCACUGCGACGGGCUUCGACUACGGCGAGGCCCUUGACAAGAGCUUGCUGUUUCUCGAGGCACAAAGAUCAGGUAAACUUCCAACAAACGAUAAGCUAGUCGCGUGGCGGGGCGACUCGGGACUCAAAGAUGGGUAUUCGCAGGGGGUGGACAUGGUUGGAGGAUAUUAUGAUGCAGGAGAUCAUGUGAAAUUUGGGCUGCCAAUGGCUUACAGUGUGACAAUGCUUUCAUGGGGAGCUAUACAGUUCAGGAAAGAAAUUACAGAGCUAAACCAAAUGGGACGCAUGUUAUGGGCCAUUAGAUGGGGUACUGAUUACUUCAUGAAAGCACAUCCACAGCCUAAUGUUCUAUGGGCACAGGUGGGCGAUGGGAACUCUGAUCACUAUUGUUGGGAGCGUGCUGAAGACAUGACAACUCCAAGAGAUGCUUACAAGAUUGAUGCAAAUCAUCCUGGUUCGGAUGUUGCCGGUGAAACUGCAGCUGCCUUGGCUUCAGCUGCCAUAGCUUUCAAGUCUUUUAACUCUUCCUACUCCAAUCUCCUCUUAGUUCACGCCAAGCAGCUUUUCUCGUUUGCGGACAAGUUCAGAAGUUUGUAUGAUGACUCUAUCCCGUCUGCUAAGCAAUUCUACACAUCAUCUGGUUAUUCGGAUGAGUUACUGUGGGCAGCUGCCUGGCUGUUUCAAGCUACCAAUGAUGAGUACUACCUGAAAUAUGUUGUGGACAAUGCUGUGUACUUUGGUGGAACUGGAUGGGCAGUCAAAGAAUUCUCUUGGGAUAAUAAAUAUGCUGGUGUGCAAAUCCUACUUUCAAAGGUACUGUUGGAGGGAAAAGGCGGUGCAUACACUAACAUAUUAAAACAAUACCAGGCCAAGGCGAACUACUUUGCCUGUGCUUGUCUACAAAAAAAUGAUGGCUACAAUGUCUACAAAACUCCUGGGGGAUUAGUAUACGUACGUGAAUGGAAUAACAUGCAGUAUGUCUCAUCCGCUGCAUUUCUUCUUGCUGUCUACUCUGAUUAUCUCUCUGCAGCAGACGCCAAGCUCACCUGUCCUGGUGGCCAACUUGUUCAACCUCAGGAGCUCCUCAAUUUUGCCAAGUCACAGGCUGACUACAUUCUUGGCAAAAAUCCCAAGUCGAUGAGUUACUUGGUUGGUUAUGGACCAAAAUAUCCGACUCAUGUUCACCACAGAGGUGCUUCAAUUGCCUCCAUAUAUGUUCUCCAUUCAGCGGUUCAAUGCGUGCAAGGUUUUGAGACAUGGUAUCAUCGCUCUGAGAGAGACCCCAAUGUUAUAUACGGAGGCCUGGUGGGUGGUCCUGAUAAGAAUGAUGACUUCUCCGAUGACCGCUCCUGUUAUGAAGAAACCGAGCCUACACUUUCGGGCACUGCUCCUCUUGUUGGCCUCUUCUCUAAGCUUCAGGGUGCAAAUGGUAUUUCGGGCCGUUCAUACCACACAAAACCACCGUUGUCCGGCCAUCAAACAACACCAACUGCUCCUAUUGAAUUCCUUCACUCCAUAACCAGCACAUGGAGUACUACUGCACAAGAAACGACUCAUUACAGGCACAAGGUGGUAAUAAAAAAUACAUCUGGGAAGCCAAUUACAGAUCUGAAGCUAGCGAUUGAAGAACUCUCUGGUCCUCUCUGUCUCUCUCCAACUAAUAAAAAGAACAUCUACGAGCUUCCUCAAUGGCAAAAGGUCUUAAACCCUGGCUCACAGUGCGUUUUUGUUUACAUUCAAGGAGGUCCUCAAGCUAAGGUCUCAGUUCUAAGUUGGAAGUAAUAUUAAUAUUUUACAACUCCAAGCUGGUCCUGUAUAUGCAUGGAUGGCGCAUGAAAUUAAAACAUGUGAAUUUUCAUGAAUACAUACAUGACAUGAUGAUCAUGGAGAUAUUGGACGGCCUACUUUUUUUUUUUUUUUUUAGUCAUAGGAAUUUAUGUUAAACGUCCGGCCUGCGUUUCACCGU